UGUACGACGUGUGAGAAACCUUUCAGCAGCACCAGCGCACUUCAGAUUCACUCUCGCACGCACACAGGUGACCGCCCUUUCGUUUGUCCCACUUGUAACAAGGCGUUCACCACGAAAGGAAACCUGAAGGUGCACAUGGGGACGCAUGCU